AUGCGUGGCUAUCGAUUGGUUCCAGUUGGAUUAUUAUUAUUGUGCUUUUUUGAAGCAUUACAAUGUUUUCAUGUGAAAGCCUCACAAAUUCGAAUAUCCGAGACCUCAAAGGCCGAAUAUGAGAAGUUCCUAUCAGACACUUGUCAAGAAAAGAAGAGGGAUGAGUACUCUGUGGACGAUUACUUGGAAUGGGAGCAUAGCGAGUUUUUGAGAAGUUUACGAAUAGCUUUACUGCCAGAUACUGCUGACGGAGACUUUAGAGCAGCUCUGAGCACUGGUCUCAUUGAUAUCGUUCCAAGUUUGUUCACCGUACCAUCUCGACCAAGUGGAAAUUGCCGUCGACGAAAUAUAACGAUGGAUGUCGAGGAGAAGGUACACGUAUACACAACCUUCGAGGAUCUUCUGAUUGAUUUGGUUUUAUCUUCUAAAAUCGCUGAAGGAAUGCUCGGUCCCAUUUAA